AUGACGUCUUACGUCCAGACGCUAACCAUUAAGUACAGGUGCUGCAAAAUGAAGUUUAGAGUUUUGUCUACCCUUUUUCUUCUCACAUUUGCAAAUGUUACAUGUGAAAGUGAUGAUUUUAUUCAUCAACAUCCGUUGCUAGUUGCUGAAUUUGGAAGCAAUGUGAUUUUACCCUGCUCUCACUCAGAUGACUUUAUAAACUCUGUUUCGUGGUAUAAACAUUCUUUUGGCAAGAAACCACUUCUCGUAGCAUAUUCAGAACACGGCUCUGGAAGUGUUAAAUAUCAAAAUGGCUUCAAAAAUACAAAUAAAUAUCGUAUCAGAACUGGAAAUGGCUCUUUUAAUUUGACCAUCAUACACUUGGAAGAAUAUGAUUUUGCAACCUACUAUUGUGCUGUGAGAUUUUUAAACAUCGUUAAAUUUGGAGAAGGGACAAUUCUUCUACAUAAAGAGAGUGAUGGAAUAAGAAGCACCACAGUUCUCCAGCGGCCAGUAUCUGACAGACUUCAUCCAGGAGAUUCAGUGACUCUGCAGUGUUCGGUCAUCAGUCAGAUCUGUGCAGGAGAAUACAGCGUCUACUGGUUCAGACAUUCAUCAGAACAUUCUCAUCCAGGACUCAUUUACACCAGUGAUAACAGGAGUGAUCAGUGUAUGGAGAGAUCAGAGAAUGGCUUUUCUACCCAGAGCUGUGUCUACAGUCUCUCUCAGACUGAACUCAGAUCAUCUGAUGCUGGGAUUUAUUACUGCGCUGUUGCCACAUGUGGGAAGAUACACUUUGGAAAUGGAACUAAGUUGAUCAUUGAAGCACAUUAA